UCCUUCAUUAUUAAAGACAUUCGUAUUACUUUUUUGGAAACUAUAAUCUCUCCCUCUCACUCUCUUUCUGCAGACAGCAACUUUCUGUUGGGGAACGCUCAGGGUCACCGUGGUUACCCCAUUGUUUACUGCUCGGACGGGUUCUGCGAGCUGACGGGCUUCGCCAGGACAGAGGUCAUGCAGAAGAACUGCAGCUGUCGCUUCCUGUACGGCUCCGGGACGAGCGAGCAGGUGGCACAGGGCAUGGAGAAAGCGCUGGAGAGUAAAGAGGAGUACCAGGCCGAGGUCCAGUUCUACAAGAAAGACGGAACGUCAUUCUGGUGUCUGCUGGAUAUCGUUCCCAUAAAGAAUGAGAAAGGAGAGAUGGUGCUGUUCCUUUUCUCCUUUAAAGACGUGACGGACUCGCACGGGAAGAGCCACCACGGCGGCAGGAGAGACGAUGAUAAGCACCAGAGCAGGAAGAGCAGCAGCUCUCGGUUCAUCGCCGCCAGGAGGCGUGGCCACUCCGUCCUCUGCCAAAUCACCAGCCAGUUCAAACGCGGAGGAAAGAACGAUGUCAACCUCAGCGGCAACAUGUUCGAGAAGCCGUCGUUGCCCGAGUACAAGGUAGCGGCGGUGCAGAAAUCCCGCUUCAUCCUUCUCCACUACAGCGUCAGCAAGGCAUUGUGGGACUGGAUGAUCCUCCUGGCGACGUUCUACGUGGCGGUGACGGUGCCGUAUAACGUGUGUUUCACGCCGUACGUCGAACCAGACACGGCGGCCAGGAGCACCAUCGUCUCGGACAUCGUCGUGGAGAUGCUCUUCAUCCUCGAUAUCAUCCUGAAUUUCCGCACCACCUACGUGAGCCAGUCUGGUCAGGUGGUGUACGAUUCGCGCUCCAUCUGUAUCCAUUACGCCGCUACGUGGUUCUUUGUGGACUUGGUGGCCGCGUUGCCCUUCGACCUCCUUUACGCCUUCAACAUCACUGUCACAUCUCUGGUUCACCUGCUGAAGACGGUACGUCUGCUGCGACUGUUGCGUUUGCUUCAGAAGCUGGAUCGUUACUCUCAGUACAGCGCGAUGGUGCUCACUCUCCUCAUGUCCAUGUUCGCUCUGCUUGCUCACUGGAUGGCCUGCAUCUGGUACGUCAUCGGACGAAAAGAGAUGGAGCGCAACGCUAACCAGCAAGACUGGGACAUUGGUUGGCUGCACGAGCUUGGGAAGCGCUUGGAGAGCCCGUACGUGAACAGUACAUUUGGAGGUCCGACUGUCCGUAGCGCCUACAUCGCAUCGCUGUACUUCACCCUCAGCAGCCUCACCAGCGUUGGAUUCGGGAACGUGUGCGCCAACACGGACGCCGAGAAGAUCUUCUCCGUCUGCACCAUGCUGAUCGGAGCUCUCAUGCACGCCGUGGUGUUCGGAAACGUGACGGCCAUCAUCCAGCGCAUGUAUUCACGCCGCUCGCUCUAUCACACGCGCAUGAAGGACUUGAAGGACUUCAUACGCGUCCAUCGGCUGCCGCAGCAGCUGAAGCAGCGCAUGCUCGAGUAUUUCCAGACCACGUGGUCGGUUAACAAUGGCAUUGACGCUAACGAGCUCCUGCACGAUUUUCCGGACGAGCUUCGGGCCGACAUCGCCAUGCACCUGAAUAAGGACAUCCUGCAGCUUCCUGUGUUUGAGGGCGCGAGUCGGGGCUGCCUGCGCUCGUUAUCGCUGCACAUUAAAACCUCGUUCUGUGCGCCGGGCGAGUACCUGAUCCGCCAGGGAGAUGCACUCCACGCCAACUACUUUGUCUGCUCCGGCUCGCUGGAGGUGCUCAAGGACAGCAUGGUGCUUGCUAUAUUGGGAAAAGGCGACCUGAUUGGCUCGGACCUGCCGGGACAGGAUCACGUGAUUAAGACGAAUGCAGACGUGAAAGCGCUGACGUAUUGCGAUCUGCAGUACAUUAGCGUUAAAGGGCUGAGGGAGGUGCUGGAGCUUUACCCCGAAUACGCCAGCGUGUUCACUGCCGACAUCCACCACAACCUCACCUACAACCUGAGAGAGGGCAGUGAGGCUGAGGGUCUUGCGAGGUUCUCACGUUCUCCAAGGUUCCCUCACAGCAAUCGGAUGGAAUCGACAGACGGAAAGCAUCCCUGCAUGAUCGAAACCGCCGGAGAAGCGGAAGAACACUGUCACCUUUCUCCGGCAUCGAGAUCCCGCCGGAACCUUCUCCUCCCGAACCUGGGGAACCUGCUGGGUGAUGAGCUGCGGCAGUUUAACGCUCUGCGCCGCUGCCGUUCCCCGGUGAGAGGAACCCGUAGAAGCGUGUCUCCGAAACAACACCCCAAAUCUGACCAUCCUUCACCUGCCGCGACUCAAGAGGGAUUCGCCGCACGGAAACCCAACAAACUCCUCAUCCCCUCUCUCAGCUGCUUCGCACCGCCCGACCUCAGCCCGAGGGUGGUUGAUGGGAUCGAGGAUAAUGGACGUGUGUUUCACUUCAGCACCGAACACAGUGGGACCAGCACUAGUACAGCAAAAGAUAACGAUCAGGUGAACAGCACACUGCUCCAGGAGACGGAGGAGGUGCGAGAGAGCAUCAGUCAACUCAACAAAAAGAUGGUCAGCCUAAACCAAGAAGUGUCUCAGCUAACGAAGGACCUGCAUCACAUGAUGCACCUUCUACAAGCACAAGCAGCUGUUCAUCACUACACCACUUCCAUGUCCUCCUACCCCUAUGGAGUGCACGUGAUGCACACGAACACCGCGGCAUACACGGCCAGCGUGCACUCUCAUCAGGAAGCCCAAGGCCUUUAUCAUCCACAUCAUCAUCAUCUUCAGGCUGACCACGCUGUGUCUGAGAACAUCGUCCACAUCGGGACAAGCGCAUGGAGCCACGCUUCAGAAAUAGGUGGAGGUCGGACAGGUGCACCCCCACAACCCGACGUCUCCAGACACCAUCCUCAUCUUGAUCCUAACAGCGCCUGUGAUCCUACUUCCUGUAAAUCAAGCUUAAUUAACAUCAACACCUCCACUUCCUCCUUCUAUCCAGCAGAAGGAUACAAGAAACAGGAAGCAUCAAGUCAGGAUCACGGCACCCUCGCGAACAUCAGUCGCUCGCAGCCCGUUCUGUUCAACCGGGACAAACCAAACCAAGUCUCUUUAAAUCUUCAUUUACUUUCCAGCGCGCCAACAUCCACCCACUCCCUGCUAAUCGCUAACAGCACAAAUCCGAUCCGCCGCAAUCCUCCAACCUCUAGCGAACCAAAUCUGGAAAUGGAUACUGACAUUCCGGACGCAGUCCUAGAAAAGGUCAAUGAGGACCGGGAAGACGCUGUCCUGCUGUCAGAUUUAAGCAAAGUGGGACACACGAGUCGCGAGUGCCUGCUAGCAGAUGACGGAUCUGCGGAAAACCGGGACACUUCCGAAUCAGAAUCGACGAAACCUGAUGAUGCCGGGACUCAAAAUGACAGCAGCGGCUCUGAAACUUCCUGGUGCAUCGACCUGAUGGACUGACCCGAGACUCUACAGAAAGUAUAUUCAAAACGUUUGCAGUGACUUUUUUUUUUGGACAAGGGAUUGUCUUUUCCGUCCCACCCGUGCAAAUAAGAUAAUAACUAUGCAAGACGCAUGUUGAUUGUGCAUUAUUCCUUAUUUACUCUAUCGAUACUCAGUAUACCACACGAAUAGCUUGCCUUUGAAUCAGGGGUCCAAAAGUCCGAGUCCACAAAUUCUAAUCUGAGAUGAAUUCACAGUGCUCUGUACGUUUCACGUCAUCAUCCUAAAUGUUUCCAGCCAAUAAGAAGGCACCGUAUUGGCUGGACGCGUGGCGGUCUGGGAAAACCCAUCCGAUGUCUACGUGGGCAUUUCUACUUUAAGAAAGCGUGACUAUAUUGCACCGAAAUGUUUUUAUUCCGAUUAUUUUCUCGUAAAGAUCAUGUUUUGUAAGGCGCCAGUCAAGACGUCUAAAACCUUGCUAGCCAAGGAUCAUGAUUUGACCAAGUUGUGGGAACGAAUACAAAGACGAGAGAUGGAGCUAACGGUUCUUUCCCCACCGAUGUCAGCGUGAACAGAGAUCAGCGGCGUGAAAAGACAACGACGAGGCUCGCCGUAAGCGAUUUUUACCUCAGGUGACGUGACGAGAGUAAAUCAUUUUCUAUCGUAAACUUAACAUUCUUUGAAAUUUCCCAGUAAAUUUAGCGCCAUCGUUUCCGUGGAAAUGAAACGCAAAUUUACAAUAAAUACCGAACUUUCGUUCUGGUUGAGAAACAUCUAGAAGGAAAGUUUGAUAAAGUAAAAGAUGUCCAAAUGUGACCAUGUGAAGGGUUUUUCCGCAGACUGAUGAGGAGUGUUAGUGUUUGAGCCAGACUUUUGGACUCGAUAGUGUUUGCCGUGGUGAACUAUCAGGGUGUUUAUGGGGGGCAUUUUAAUAAAUAAAGUGGAUUGCCGAUGCAAACAAUCUGCCGUUGUAGCAUUUUGACAGUAGCAUUUGCCAGCGUAGAUGCAUACUAAACUUAUAUUUUUUUUUUUUCUGGUACAAUCAAUGUUCUACAUUUCUUCUUACCUUCGUGCAUGGUAAAGUUUAUCGUUCUUUUUUCCUAAGGAAAAGGUAUCAAGUGAAAUGUGUUUACAUUAUGAAUGUUUGAAGGGAAUGACUUCAUGGAAUUUAGCACGUGCACUGUUUAGACUGCUUUUCUUAAAAGGAACCAUUUCUCAGAAUUUCAUUUAAAAUCUACUCGCAGAUCAGGUCCGUAACAUUUCUUUCAUUAAAGAAUUUAUUAAUAGCUAAAAUCUUACAGCAGGUUUUGUUUGGUUUUAUUUUUACUGUAAAGGUCUUACAACGGUGUGUGUGUGUGUGUGUGCGUGUGUGUGCGUGUGUGUGCGUGUGCGUGUAUGUGUGUGAGAUGCUGCAGCUUACACUGUUUCACAUUUGCCUAAGUGUGUAUUUUACACUCAUGAAUGAUUAAUGAGGAAUCGUUAGCUGUGAGCAAGAACUCGGUGAAAGAACGACAGGAAAGAGUGGACAUUAUGCAACACACACACACACACACACACCCACACACACACACAAACACAGGUUUGUGCGUUUUCAAGUCCUUUAUGCAAUUCAGUUCAAGUUCAUCUGAAUUUUUCAAAAUAAAUCCGAAAAAAAUCCUUAAAUAUUAAUUUCUAUGAAAAUCUUUUUGUUAAAUCUCUUGUUAAGAACAUUUUGUUACUGAUGUACCAACAAUUCUGAGAUUUUUUCCUGAAUGUGACCGCAACGCAGCUAACGAUUUAUUCCCUUUAAAAUGUGAAUUUUAAUUUAAUUCAUCAGUAUACUAUACCAGAUUAUUUAUUUAUUUGUUGGUUUAUUUAUUUAUUUAUUUAUGCUUUUAAUUCCC